CUUACACGAUUAAUAUUUUCCACAGGUACUAUGAGUAAUAAAGUUGCUAUGAAUGAUAUGAAAAUGGCAGUAAUCCCUAAACAAGGAUCGUUAUAUCGCAUUAAUGAUGACCUAAAAUUCGAGAAGAAAAUAUCAUCCGUUACAAUAAGUAACGGAUUGGCAUGGAAUAGGCAACAUAGUCUCAUGUAUUAUAUUGAUAUACUUACUCAGAUUGUAGCAUAUGAUUACAAUCCGAAUAAUGGGACAUCUAACAAGAAGAUUGUAUUUGAUCUUAGUGAGACUAAUUUGAAAGGAUUACCCGUUGGAAUGACUAUAGAUACAAAUGGCAAUAUUUGGAUAGCAUUAUUUGCUGGAUCUCAAGUAAUUGGCGUGAGACCGAGGACAGGAACUGUAUUAUGUAAAGUCGAGCUUCCAGUUGAAAACGUAAUAAGUACUAUUCCGCUUCUAGAUACUUUGUACUUUGUGACCACAGCUGGUUAUACUUUAGAUAAAGAAACUACUUUAGAUAAAAACCUGGAUUCUCAAGCCGGUGCUGUAUUUGCGAUAAAAGGCCUAGAAGUGCGUGGAGUUCCAGACAAUAUGUUUAAAUUAGUCGAAGCACUAAAAAAUAAAAAUUAUAAAGGUAUAUAAAACAGGUAUAUAAAAAAGAAAAAAAUUUACAAACAUUGAAACGAAAAUAGCAACGGAUAACAACGAACAAUAGAUAAGACGGUAAUUUUAAAUAUCCUCUUAAUAUCAGAGCGUCUGUUCUAAUGUGGUGUACACUGUCGAUUGUACUUGUCGAGCCCAUUGUCUGAACUCUGCUUCUGAGCGACUG